AUGCGAGUGUUUUCGACGGCCACCGCGGCAGUAUUGCUUGCCAACAUUUCUCUCGGUACUCCGACUCCCACUGGGUCAUCCUCAACCGUUGUCGCACAUGCUGCUGCUGUUGCUGCUUCUUCUGUUGCCCCAGUAGCAAGUAUCGCGGAAACCUCUAGUGGAGGUAAUCAGCAAGGGCCAGAGGUUGCAGCGUCUUCUGCUGCUUCUGCCACUGCCGCAGCCCAAUCGAGUGCGAGCGACAGUCAGGGGACUAUAGCUCAAGCCCCAUCCAGUGGGAGUGAUACAUCAACUUCUGCAGGAAACAUAGUAUCGCAAAUAGAAUCUGCAGUUGGUAGCAUUAUUCCGUCUGCCACAGCUAGUGCGAGUCCAGCCAGUGACACUGAUGUGUCAACUUCCACAGGAGGAGAUACAGUAUCGCAGUCUGCAGCUGGCGGUUCUACUCCAUCUACCACAAGAAGGGUAGGCUCAUCUAGUGGUUCGACCUCUGCCGCAGGAUCUGACACCACAAAGGCUCCCUCUUCAACAUCUACCUCGUCAAGUAGUACAUCUGGCUCCUCGAGCUCUUCAGACUCUGACGACCUCAUGUCGCUUAUCAGUUCUCUAUUGGGAGGCAGCACUAGCAGUAGUGGGACUUCCCUCGGCUCAAUCCUCAGUGAUCUCGAAAACUUCUUGAAAGGCGUUGCAGGAUUGGUCGCGCCCGAAUUCCUUCAAAGCUUGGAGUCUUUUAUCUACCACAUUGACUAUCUUCUGGAUGAACCGACUACCCAACAAACCAAGGAUAUAAUUGGCGUUGCUCAUGGUCUCCUUACCAACUCCACUGCGACUGAAUUGAAUUCACUAGUCACGAAUGCGGUUGCACUUUUGACCCCGACAUUCGUCAAUGAGACACAAGGCUUAAUUAGCAAAGUCUCGCCCCUCGUGGACGAGCUCAGCCCGCUCCUAACGAAGCAGACAGCCUCAGAGCUCGAGAGUAUUUUGACCAACGCCUAUGACUUAUUGACACCGACAUUCGUCAAUGAGACCAAGUCAUUAAUAUCCGAAGUGUCGCCAGUGCUUUCGGCAGUUAGUCCACUUCUUAGUGAUUCCAAUAUCAAGGAGAUUGAAAGUCUUCUGAGUAAUGCGAACGGCCUGUUGACAGCGCAGAAUACUAAAGAAAUUGAGACCUUGCUUGGAAAUGCCAAUGACCUAUUGACGGCUGAUUUUGUCAAGGAUACCAAGGCACUGAUCACAGAGGUUGCGCCAAUCUUGGAUGAUUUGAAACCACUUCUCACUUCUCAAACAAUCAAGGAACUUGAGUCUCUCUUGAGCAAUGCCAAUACAUUGUUGACAUCUGAAAAUACCAAGGAGAUCGAAACGUUGCUCACCAAUGCAAACGCCCUCUUGACUAGCGGCAAUACUAAGGAGAUCGAAACUCUUCUAGGCAACGCAAAUGACCUAUUAACUUCGCAAUUUGUUAAGGAAACCAAGGCUCUUAUCGGUGACGCUUCUCCGCUACUUAGUGAAGUUGGGCCACUUCUCACCCUGGUUAAGCCAUUAUUGACUCAAGGAACAAUCUCGGAGCUCGAGAGUUUGCUGAAUAAUGCCAAUAAUUUGUUGACAGGGCAGUUUGUUAAUGAAACGAAGAGCCUAAUCAGUGACGCCUCUCCUCUCCUUAGUGAGGUUACGCCACUUCUCAAUUUGGUCAAACCGCUCUUGACCCAGAGUACAAUUUCAGACCUAGAAAGUCUGUUGGGCAAUGCAAACGAUUUGCUCACAGCGCAGUUCGUCAACGAAACAAAAAGCCUAAUUGGUGACGCUGGCCCUCUAUUGAGUGACAUUGAACCGCUUCUCAGUUUAGUCAAACCAUUGUUGACUCAGAGUACUAUCUCGGAGCUGGAGAGUUUGCUUGGAAGUGCGAACAGCUUGUUGACGGCACAGUUCGUCAAUGAAACGAAGAGACUUAUUGGCGAUGCAGGACCCUUGCUGGAUGAAGCCGGUCCGAUCCUUGACCUUGUGAAGCCUCUUUUGACUGAGAAGACGGUCAAGAGCCUUGGGUAUCUUGUGGGCAACGCCACCAACCUCCUACAAACAAGUUUUGUCAGUGAAACAAAGAGCCUCGUUGGUGAUGCAGGACCUCUGCUAGAUGAAGCUGGCCCAAUUCUCAGCCUGGUCAAGCCUCUGUUGACCGAGAAGACGGUCAAGAGCCUUGGAUAUCUUGUGGGCAAUGCCACAAACCUCCUACAAACUGACUUUGUCAAUGAGACGCGCGGACUCAUCGGCGACGUAUCUCCUGUUGUCACACCAGCUCUACUAGCCAAGGUGCCUGGUUUGUUGGAUAACGCUGACUCAUUGUUGACGGACAAAUUCGUCAAUGAAACAUCGACUUUGAUUGGCGAUGUCUCCAGCGUAAGCAGUUCUCUUUCCUCCGUCAAAUAA